CUCUCUCUCUCCCCCACACGCGUGGCUUUAAAUUCCGCGCAAGCUAGAAACAUUUCCGUAGCUCGCACGGUUCUUUUGUGUAGUAGUAGUAACCCUCCCCAUUUUUCGGAAAAAAAAAUGGCGACGACGAUGACGACGACGACGACGACGAUGAUGACGACGACGAUGACGACGCCGCUGCUGGAAGAGAAGAUGCAGAGGAGGUACUACAACAACUGUCCGGGCUGCAGGCAGGAUCGGAAGAACGCGGCGCAUCCGGGGAUCCCGUACCGGGACUUCUUCUACAUAUGGCUCGUCACUCUCUGCUCCACCUUACCGAUACAAUCGGUGUUUCCGUUCUUGUAUUUCAUGAUAAGAGACUUGCACAUUGCGAAAGAAGAAGAAGAUAUAGGAUUUUAUGCAGGUUUUGUUGGAUCCACAUAUAUGUUUGGGAGAGCAUUGACUUCUGUACUAUGGGGAGUGGUGGCUGAUAAAUACGGCAGGAAGCCGGUUAUUGUGAUAAGUAUUCUUUCCGUAAUUAUAGUCAAUAGCCUGUUUGGGCUCAGUUCAAGUUAUUGGAUGGCGAUCACCACAAGAGCGCUUCUUGGACUUCUGUGCGGCAUACUCGGCCCCAUAAAGGCUUACGCUUCAGAAGUAUCCCGAAAAGAACACCAAGCUCUAGGAUUGUCGCUCGUUGGUACGUCGCGUUGUAUAGGUUUGAUUGUUGGGCCAGCUAUUGGAGGUUUUCUUGCACAGCCCGCGGAGAAAUAUCCAAACAUAUUUUCUCAAGAUUCUUUAUUUGGCAGGUUUCCGUACUUUUUGCCCUGCCUUUGCAUCUCACUUUUUGCAGUUUGCGCAUUGAUAGCCUGUUUUUGGCUUCCGGAGACUUUGCAUAUGCAUCACGGAGACAAAUUGCAAGAUACGUCGGUUGAAACCUUAGAGGAAUCACUAAUUGAUUCGGAUUUGAAAGCAAAUGGAGAAAUCGCUGACGAAGGAGGCUCGGUUUCGAAGCAAAGCUUGCUUAAAAAUUGGCCAUUAAUGUCAGCAAUAAUUGUUUAUUGUGUUUUCUCCCUGCAAGAAAUGGCUUAUAUUGAGAUAUUCUCCCUUUGGGCCGUCAGUGAUAGAAAAUAUGGAGGAUUGAACUUUUCUACUGAGGAUGUAGGCGAGGUUCUUGCAAUCACAGGUGUUUCUCUUCUAGUUUACCAGAUUCUUCUUUAUCCAUUUGUUGUGAAAUGGUUGAGUCCUGUCCGAUCAAUCCGAUUGGCGGCGGUCUUGACCAUACCCCUUUUCGUCGCUUUUCCAUUCAUGUCCAAUUUAUCUGGGAUUGUACUUAAAUUGGUAGUCAAUUGUGCAUCCUUCGUGAAGAACGUUUUUUCUGUAACCGUCAUCACCGGGCUGAACCUUGUACAGAACAAUGCUGUGUGUCAAGAACAAAGGGGCGCUGCUAAUGGCAUCUCGGUGACUGCGAUGUCUCUGUUUAAAGCAGCGGCUCCGGCAGGCGGAGGAGCUCUAUUUUCGUGGGCUCAAAAACGCACAGAUGCUUCUUUUUUGCCAGGCGAUCAUAUUGUUUUUUUCGCCUUAAACGUUAUUGUGGUGCUCGGGCUUUUAAUGACCUACAAGCCCUUUCUAGCUAAACCCGGCGCGAAGUAAUACUUCGUAAAGAAGCUCAAAAUCUAAGUGGAGAAGAUCAAGCAGCAGCUUCUUGCUUCAUUAUUGUAACUGGUGUUCCUCAUUCUUCUGUUUCCUUUUCUCGAGGAAUUGUAGCUUAUAUAAUGAAAGAGAAUUUGUCACUCAAGCUCUGAAGAAUCACAAUACAUUUUUCCGUAAAAGUUUUAUGUUAGAAGAGGUAAUCCAUUUUUAAUUACCUUAAAAGUUCACUAGAACUGUUUUAUUGGUGAUCAAUGAGUACAAUUUCUUAGUUAGAUGUGUUUGGGCCAAGUAUUAAGCUCUGUUUUGGUCUAUUGAGUGUAAAUGGAUGAUUAGAAGUCCAUUCGAAUUACACUAAAAGGGAACGUUUGGUUCACUGUUUGUAAUAUUUCGAUGGUCCUACAUAUUUUCUAUUGAAA